UGGGUAGGAAGUCAGGAGAGAGACAAAAAGUGUGGCCUGAGGAUAAAGAGAGUGGGCAUCCACAAUCAGAUAAAAAUAUCCUUCUCUGCGUUUCCCUUCUCUGUGAAUACUAUUCUAGGGUUUCUGAUCUAGUUUCCAUAUUUGGAUUCCUUCCAAUCCAAUACCGCUGUGUCCUUGCUGCUCAUUUUUAAGUGUUGGAGCACUUCUUCAAUUCUUCUCGGGUUGCAGGCAAAGCUAGGACAUGGUGAGAAAGAAGGUUGAGAUGAAAAGAAUUGAGAAUAACACAAGCCGACAAGUGACCUUCUCGAAACGUCGAAAGGGGUUGUUAAAGAAAGCUUAUGAGCUUUCGGUUCUUUGCGAUGCUGAAGUUGCAGUCAUCGUCUUCUCGCAAAAAGGCAGGAUCUAUGAGUUCUCCAGCUCUGACAUGCAACGGACUAUAAAUCGAUACCAUAAACAUGAAAAUGGAUCAGGGCCGACCAACAAGGUUGAAGUGGAACAAUAUGUGCAGCACUUGAAGCAUGAAUCAGCUAUUAUAGCCAAGAAGAUAGAGAUCCUAGAAGCUUCCCAGCGGAAGCUUUUGGGAAAUGAUCUGGAUUCUUGCCCUGUUGAAGAACUCCAAGAGAUCAGUAGCCAGCUGGAGCGAAGCUUACGCAGCAUAAGUGAGAGAAAGGCUCAAUUAUACACGGAGCAGAUGGAACAACAUAAGGCAAGGGAGAGGUUCCUGUUACAAGAGAAUGCACAGUUACGUGAAGAGUGUUGUGCGAAGCCGUGGAUGGAGUUUUCACCUCAAGAAAAAAGAGCUUCUGCGUCUGUAAGCAAUGAAAAAGCAGGAGCUUCUGCUUCUGCUCCGAUAAACUACCGGAGCCAAAGUAGCAUGAGUUCUGAGGUGGACACCGAUUUGCUCAUUGGACAGCCAAUGGUGCGCGCUGUUGAUCGCAUCGCAGUCUAAAGUCAACAUUCAUCAGAUAAAUAAUAAUGCUUGUCAAUCAUAUUUGGUAGGCCGUGCUCUCAGAUUAAUAAUUCUAGUAAGGUCAAGCAAUAAAAUAUCAAAGGAAGUUAUAAUUUCCUAUGAUUUUUGACCCAGUUGUAUAAUUUUAUGUAUAUGCUUAAUGCGUCAGGUUGUAGCACCAAAUCUGAACUUAAUGGCUAGGGUAUUCGUUUUGAGCCAAUAAUACGUUAUUUUGAAGGGAACAAGUAAUCAAAUUCAUCGCUAUAACAUGCUUUUUUUGAUUAAA